CUCUGGCCCAGCCGUGACCAGAGUAUAUCGUCAAGAUGGGGAACUGUGUUGACUGCCUGAGGAAUUUCUUUUGCGGGACAAAGAACACCAACGUCCGUUUCAGUCUGCCGGCCGUCUGCAUUCUCUUGCAGACUGCUAUGAUCGUGCUGUUUGGAAUUUUCAUCCGCUAUGAUGAGGAGUCAGACUCCCACUGGGCAAAGCACAAAAAGGACAACAACAUCACCAGUGAUAUUGAAAAUGACUUCUAUUUCAGAUAUCCCAGCUUCCAGGACGUCCAUGUCAUGAUCUUCGUUGGCUUCGGUUUCCUUAUGACGUUCCUUAAAAAAUACAGCUUUAGCGCCGUCGGCUUCAACUUCCUGAUCGCCGCCUUCGGUUUGCAGUGGGCCCUUCUCAUGCAGGGCUGGUUCCACCACCUCGACCCAGUUACUGGAGAAAUCACCAUCGGAAUUGAGAGCCUGAUCAACGCCGACUUCUGCUGUGCCGGCAGCCUGAUCGCCUUCGGUGCCCUGCUGGGAAAAGUGAGCCCCGUCCAGUUGUUGCUUGUCACCUUAUUCGGCGUCACGCUGUUUGCUGUGGAAGAGUACAUCAUCCUCACCCUCCUCCAUUGCAGAGACGCUGGAGGCUCCAUGGUCAUCCACUGCUUUGGAGGAUACUAUGGUUUGGCCAUUUCCUGGGUCCUGUACCGACCCCACCUGCACGAAAGCAAACGCCUCAAUGGAUCCGUCUACCACUCGGAUAUGUUUGCUAUGAUCGGUACGCUGUUCCUGUGGAUGUUCUGGCCCAGUUUCAACUCGGCCAUCACGGACCACGGCGACGGGCAGCACAGAGCCGCCAUCAACACUUACCUCGCCCUCGCCUCCUCUGUGCUCACCACGGUGGCCAUCUCCAGCCUGUCUGACAAGAGAGGCAACCUGGACAUGGUCCACAUCCAGAAUGCCACACUGGUUGGUGGAGUCGCAAUGGGGACAGCGGCAGAGUUCAUGAUCACUCCUUAUGGUUCGCUCAUCGUGGGUUUCUGCUGCGGCAUUAUCUCCACAUUCGGCUACCUGUUUGUCACGCCCUUCUUAGAGAAAUAUCUGAAACUCCAGGACACAUGUGGCGUCCACAACCUGCACGCUGUGCCAGGGAUGCUGGGCGGCUUCAUAGGGGCCAUCGUUGCUGCAGUUGCCAGUGAGGCUGUCUAUAGCAAAGAGGGGUUGAUCAGCACAUUUGACUUUGUAGGUGAAUUUGCAGACAGGACUCCUGCGACACAGGGAGGCUUCCAGGCGGCUGGCACAUGUGUAUCUAUUGCAUUUGGAAUUGUAGGAGGCGUGUGUGUCGGUCUCGUCCUGAGGUUGCCUAUCUGGGGAGAUCCCGCUGAUGACAACUGCUUUGACGAUGAAGUCUACUGGGAGGUCCCCGAGGAGGAGGAGUCCAUCCCGCCUGUUUUGGAGUACAACAACCACAUGAUGCACAAGCACCAAGACAUAUCUGAGUCAAACUUCUCCGUGGAGCAAAGUUAGAGCGGCCCAGCAGGAGAUCGACCCUCUCAUGUCACCUUGAACUUGAUAUAACUGUGAAACAACAGAGAGAAGUGAAGGAGCAGCCCUCAACAAUUAGCUAUUCAAAACUUAAAGUUAUAACCAAGCUGCAUAAAGCAGUGACCCAAAAUAUAUAGAAAAAAGAUCUGAAUGAUCUUGAAAUAUAUUUUAAACUGGAAUUACUUUCUAAUUUAUUUUUAAAGAAGCUUUAUAUACACUGAGUCAAUGCAGUGUGAUGAGAAGAUAAAGACAAGGUGUUUUUUUUUCUAUAAGCCCAGUUAUAAUGCACCGAAGAACUGAGAGAUACUGUUAACGAUUAACAGUAACUCGGAAGUCUCACCUUUUGAUUGCGAAAAGUAUCAUUAAUAAUGAUUGCAAAUGUAUUUCUUUUUUGCAUUAAAAGCCUUUAGAAAUCAAAGAUACUUGUGCUGCCAAACUAAGCAGUCUUUGAACUCUACUACCUAUUUCUUUCAAACUAUAUGUAUAGGUCUUUGUAAGUUGUAUAUACAAAUCCAUCCACUUUUUGUUUGUUGCAUAGAUGACUUGUUAAAAUCAACGUUGUGAGUAACUGUAAUAACUCUCAUACAAUUGUUAGCAAUUUGCUUGAUGUAGUGUUGAAUGUUACCUCUGAUACAUUAUAUAUGAUUGUGUGUUGCAAUCUGCUUAUUGUAUUGUAUACUUCUGUUUAGAGUAGCUGAUAAACUCAAAUAAGAAUAAAGCUCU